ACAGCAAUUCAGUCGCUGAUUGGCUGUAGCGUCCCCGGCGUUGCUGUCAACACCAGAAAAACAUGGCGGCUCCCGUGAGAGGCAUGGCUGGAUCCCCCAGCAUAGGCAACACAACUAGUUUUCAGAAAAAAACCCGCAGCAAACUAGUUUCUAUCCCUGGUACAAGACCGUCUGUACAGAACGGACAGCUCUUAGUAUCAUCUGGCGUCAGCUCGCUUGACUACGUGAUUGGUGGAGGCCUGGCGGUUGGAACUCUGCUGCUUGUAGAGGAGGACUGCUAUGACAGCUACUCCCGCAUGCUGCUCAAGUACUUCCUGGCGGAGGGAGUUGUGUGCGGACAUGAACUCUUCCUGGCAUCCGCCCGAGAUCACCCUGAUGAGAUCAUGCAGGAACUCCCUUCUCCAAUUGUGGAUGAUGUUGCCGGCAUGAAAAUCAGCGAGGGUCAGUCUCAGCCCAGUGACCCAGAGAAUCCAGACACAAUGAAAAUCGCCUGGCGCUACCAGAACCAACCAAGAGUUCAGACGGCUUUGGCAUCAUCAGUGAGGUUUGGUCAUUAUUAUGACGUGUCCAAGACCAUGGAGCCUGAGCUACGGCAAGCAGCCAAAUGCCACAGUUUUUAUCAGCUACAGGAAACACCAGUGACCACAGGAUCAAGUCCGUUACCAUCACCCUAUCAUGCUCUCCUGAAGUCUAUCCAGACAGUCAUCCGGAAAGAAGGGUUUGACGGAUCCACACCACAGUCUAAGGUUCGGAAUGUCCUGCGGCUGGGUCUUCAUUCUCUUGGGUCAGUGCUCUGGGGGGAUGAUGUGUGCUGUAAGGUUAACCCCGCCCACUGCCACGCCCUCACCACAUUUCUCUACGCCCUCCGAGGCCUGUUACGCACUUCACUCUCAGUCGCUAUGGUGACCGUACCCUCCCACCUCAUACAGAACAGAGCCAUAAUGGGACGAAUAAUCAGACUGAGUGACACAGCCAUUGCUCUGGAAUCAUUCAGAGGCUCAGAGAAGGAGACCAACCCACUUUACAAAGACUAUCACGGUCUCCUGCAUGUUUGUCAGUUGCCCCGUCUGAACUGUUUGUCUUCUGAGGUCCCCGAUACGAAGGACUUGGCCUUCAAACUCAAGAGAAAGCAGUUCACAAUUGAGAGACUGCAUUUGCCUCCAGACCUGUCAGAGACGGUGAGUCGAGUGAGUAAAGCAGAACUGGCAGCAGGAUGUGGCAGCACUGCCAUGGGCAACAAGCACCUAGAUUUCUAGCGUAUUCCCAUUCCUCCUGCACCGUCUACCCCCCGUGAUGUUGAAGGGCAGGAGAGCGCUGGAGCUACACUACGCCAGCACUAGGUCACACCUGCACUGACACACUUACUCUCAUGAUUAGUGAAUGAGAUUAAAAUGGAGCAACGUUUAGUAACUACUAACAUGGAGAAGCAUACAAGACCGUGAUAUUCCGUGUCACAAACACCUAGCAAGUACCUGUUGCAUUCUUUGGAUAAAACGAGAAUGUGACGCAAAUAACGAUAACGUAGUUUGGCUACCAGUUUCUUUUCAGUGCACGUCAUGGCUUCCUGAUGUUUAUUAGCUUAGCUAAUAAAUAUUUGGUGUCAAUAAAGUUUCAACCAAAAAUGUAAACAAUGUCAUGUUCUUAUUCACGUUCAAAAAAAGGUUUGUGGCAGAAAAUAUUUUUGACGCCCCCGUUUAAGCUUUUUGAUUAUUUCUGGUUCAUAAUGUUGUCCUGUUCAUGAUACAAGUAAUAAAAGCAGAAAUAUAUAUAAAAAUAGGACUUGACACAUCAUUUCUUUCUUUUGCUAAGUGCUGUCAUUUUGCCAUGCCAUGUUCUUUUCAACCAUGUUUACAAGUUUUUUUUUUUUUUUGUAUAAAAACAACACUUAAAUUGUUUGCAUUCAUUAUAGUAAGAUUUGUUGUACUGCACUUAAUUCCUGCUGUUUAAAAACAAAUCCAUUUACAGUUACACACUGUAAUACUGUUACAGUAAAUAAAAUCACCAUUCAGAAUAAUGGUAAUUAUUUGUAAUUAUGUCCGAAUACAUAAAAGUAAUUAAAGUUUAUAAGGAAAAUAUGCAUAAAUUGUCACUUAACUUAAUUUUCCUAAAAAUAUAAGCUUCUUUUUCUUGACACAAAUAUAUAUGUCUUUCUCCCUUUUGGGGUGAAAGGUGACCUGUUUUUCAAGUUUUACAAUGUUUUUUAAUACUGACCAUGAACAAAAUAAUAUAUUAUGUAAUGUUAUCUUAUGUUAUGUAAUAUAAUAUCUCCUUUCUCUAUUUCUUAAACAGGCUCCACAAUAAGAUACUGCAUUCAUUUACAAUUGAAUUAUAAUAAGAUCCUUAUGCAUUUAUAAUAUUGCGACAUAAAUUUCAGUUGACAUGACCCUGCUUGCCUUUGGGAGGAAAUGUAUUCGUAAUGUAAAAAUUGCUGCACAAAUUAUUCAUUUCUGCUUCU